AAAAGAAAGUUUUCACAUCAGCAAAAAAAAAACUAGUGUCAAGUCGAGUGGAUUUUCCUCCCGAAAUUUCGGUCACGCAACUUCACGAUCGAAGCAACCCGAGCUGGAACUCAGCAGCAGCAACCGGAAGUGGAUUUUCGGCUAGACGAAUUUGGGGGGCGUUUUUUUCUGCGCUGAGAUUCCCAUGUUUUCGUUCCUAGAAUCGUCGUAGCAAGCGAGACCCAUUUUUUUCUUGCUGUGAUAAAACGCAAAAGUCAUUCUCGAAAAAAAAGAAAAGGGAGAAGCAAUCCGAUAAGAUUUAGAACGGAGCAGGAAAUCCCCUUCGAAAAGCAAAAACAACAACAAACCCCGUCGUCAGCAAAAAAAAAAGCCCAGGAUGGAGUACGAAAGUGUGGUGCUGGUCAAGCAGGAGGUGUUUGUGUACAAGAUCCCGCCGCGGCAGAGCAACCGUGGCUACCGGGCCGCCGACUGGAACCUGGCCGAGCCGACCUGGACGGGCCGGAUGCGGCUGGUGUCCAAGGGCAAAACGCUGGCGCUCAAGCUGGAGGACAAGACGUCCGGGGCGCUGUUCGCCAACUGUCCGGUCGAGGCGUACCCGGGCGUGGCGAUCGAGUCCGUGUCGGACAGCUCGCGGUACUUUGUGCUGCGGAUACAGGACGACAAUGGCCGCAACGCGUUCAUCGGGCUCGGCUUCGGCGACCGGUCCGACUCGUUCGACCUGAACGUCGCCCUGCAGGACCACUUCAAGUGGGUCAAGAACGAGGAGCAGAUCGAGAAGGAAAAGGUCGAACCGAAGCAGCAGCUGGACCUGGGCUUCAAGGAGGGCGAAACCAUCAAGAUCAACAUGAAGAUCACGAAAAAGGACGGCUCCGAGGUCGGAGGACGUGGCGCCGGGGCUAAGAAGGCGGGAGGGCUUGGUCUGUUGCCACCGCCACCUGGGGGCAGCAGCACGCGCAUCGCGCCACCCCCGUCGGUUCCGUCGCCCUCGCAUCAACCCGCGGCUGGUUCCGCGGCGGCGCCGGCCGGAACCGAGUGGGGCGAGUUUACUUCGGCUGGAGAUAAGCCCCAAGCGACGACCCCGAGCAAAACGAACGCCAACUGGGUGCAGUUUUAAGUCUACUACAAAGCCCUAACGUAAAUUGUAUAGCGAAAUAUUGGAAAACAGCUGCAGAUUACGGCGAAGGGGGUCGUAUUUAGAAGAGAAAGGACCUAGAACGUUUCAAAGCCACCACCAUCACCACCACCAGACCACUAAACUCUACAAAACAAAAAAAAAACACUAGCAAAGUGAUUUUCACAAAAGUGAAAGCUCACGUCAUCAAGUAACGAACGUAGUGACACUUAACGUUAAAAUUAUCGCAAGCGCUAGCAAUUUUGCGUUGGUUCACGAAAGGUUUAAGAACCUUUGCAAACAUUAGCGCAAAGUUGGUCAUCAUAAGCACAGUAACAAGGAAAUAAAAAUCUGGAUGUAAUUCUAUUCAUAUACAACCCAUGAAAACAUGAAGCAAACAAGCAAAUAUAUAUUCAAGAAACCAAACUAAAGGAGCUAUUAGACUAUGGCAAACAAACAAACAAACUCGCACUUUUUUGUGUUUGACAGUUUGCCAAACUUGCCAACUUGUUUGCGGCAAACAAGUAAAAGCAAAAUGUAUGUUCAGGCAAACAAGCAAAGCAGAAAAAAUGCCAAACUGUCAAAAAGUUUGUUUGUUUGUCGUAGUCUAAUAGCUCCUUAACGCAUAACAAAUUCAAACCAGUUCAUUCCCCUUAUCCGAGCUAUCUUUUGCGCUAUCGAAAAAAUACUGUCAGUCAAAAAGCGACACUUAGGCAAUAAUAACAACAAAAAAACUGUAUGAAAUUUAUUAUUAUUAAAGGCACAUAUACUGCUGAAAACAACUGAAGAAUCUGCAGCAGCCUUGCGUUGCAUUUCGAAGCGUUUGUUACAAACAAUUUAAAAAAUAAAACAAUACACUGUUAAUGGCUCUAGAUAAACAACAUUUAAAAAAAACUAGAUGUUUGAAGACCAGUGCAAGAAUGCGUUUCUAAGUUUUCACAUUUUCGUUUAAACCAGCCACGGCGAACGGUUUCCACGUGAGAGAACAUUUUUGUUUUGAAACAAACAGUAGAAACACAAACAGGCAACACAUAACAAGUAAAACAAAACAAAUAUCGUAAUCAAUGUAGAUGAAGGCUAACACAGAUAACAAAAAUAUACAAAAAAAAACUUAGUCGUGUAGUUGAAAGAAAAAAAACACUUCUCACGAGAGAAAGGAAAAGAGAGAAUCUUAUAUAUGGACGAGGAGACAAAGUAAACAAAUAAAAGAGAGAGAAAAGAAACAGAGGGAAAGAGGUGCAAAGUUGAGUAGGUUCUAUAUAUAUUAAACCAAUAAAAACAAACAAAAAAAAAAAACAAAAACUAAUCAAAGAAGUAAACAAACAGCAUAUAUUCCUGACGCAAGCCGGGCGCCCCACCAAAAGCUCGGACUCUGCUCAAAAGUAAACUGAAUCGUGAUUUAAAGUUUUUUUUAAAUGCCCUAUUAUUGUAAAACAUUUGUAGUGGAACAUGUAUUCGUAAUCAAGAGAAGUUAGGUUUUUUCCCAUUUUUUUUUUUAAAUAUAGUUUGUGUUCCCAAACAGCAAUCGCGCAUAGCAUAGCAUAGCAUUUGCGCGGCUUAAACGCUCCUAGAGAGUAAAGUAUAUUUAUAUUGAUCGCGAAACCCCUCUUAAAUUUGUUGCCGUAGAGAAUAGUAGAAAGCUGUGCAAGGGUGUGUUAUAGCGAGCGGAUUAUUAUUUUUUGUUUCUUGCUGGUUUAUAUUUACGUUUUAAUCGCUUAAUCGAAACUAAGUAUAGGACACACAAAAAAAAAACAACAACAAAAGUGUAAUGGUGUAAAACCUAGAAUAUAUCAAUAAAUUUGUUGCGACAGUGGUCGCGCACUGACAUGAGACUAGCAAA